AUGCGUGAGGAGGUAGGGUUACUAGAGAGUGGUUGGGAGGAGAUUAAGUUUGUGGAGAGGUGUGAGGAGGUUUUAGAAUUGGUGGACGAUGAGGUGGAGGAGGGUGAGGAGGAUGGGGAGGAUGAGGAGGAGGAGGAAAGGGAGCAGCAGCAGCGGCGGCGCCGACAGCAGCGGGAGAAGGGGCAGCCGGAGCAGCAGCAGCAGCAGCAGCAGCAGCAGCAUGGCUCUCAGGAGGAGAAGGAGAAGGAGGAAGAAGGCGGGGUUGGGAAGAAGCAGGAGCAGGCAGGGCAGGCGCGACAGAAGCAGCAGGCGCAGCAACAGAAUGUGGAAGAGAAACAGCAGCAUCAGCAUCAGAAGCAGAAGAAGCUGAAGCAGAAAGAGAAACAACAGGCCAGCACCAGCCAACAGCAUCCAACCACAGCACCUUCACCCUCCGCACUAAACGACCCAGCAGCCCAACAGCAGCAGCAGCAGCACCCAGCACGUGUACACCCCCCUGACUGGACCUCCCUUCCAGCCGAAAUCACCCUGCGGAUCUUCUCCCUCCUUGCCUUCCGCGACCUCGCUCGAGCAUCCUGCGCCUGCUCCUCCUGGUGCCACCUCUCCUUCGCGCCCUCCCUCUGGACCACCCUUGACCUCCGCUGCUACCCCCCUCUCUCCGCCGCUGCUGCGGAUUCCCUCGCUGUGAGGUGCGCAGGGGCGCUCACUCGCGUGCAUGUGAAGGGGGCGGAGUCGCUCCGAGCGGUGGCCAGGCUUGCUGCGGGGUUUGGGAGGUUUGACAGGUGUGGAGAGCUUUUGGAAGGAUCUUCCGGGGGUGCUCGUGCUGGGGUAGGGGCCGGGGCCUCUGCUGGUGGCGCUGCUGCUAGUUCAGCGGCUCCUCCUACUUUUCCUUCUCCUCCUGCUCCUCCUCCUUCUGCUGCUAUUCCUUCAGCUGGUGGCUCGGCCCAUGCCUCUCCCACAGGCUCUUCCCUCCAGCACCUCCUUGCUGACUCAUGCACCGAUCUCUCUGACGCGUCCCUCGGCCUUAUCCUCGGCCGCCAUGUGCGCCUGCGCCAGCUGUCGCUCUCCCAUUGCGAGAGGCUCUCCCCGGACGCGAUCUGCGUGCUGGCAGAGUCCUGUCCACGUUUAGAGGAUCUCCAUUUAAACGGAUUACGGAGGGUUGACCAGGCUUGCCUUGCAGCCCUGGCACGCCACUGCCCGCGGCUAUACAAUCUCUCGCUCAUUAACUGCCUCAGGUUUGAGGAUCGGGGAGGCUUGGCGCUGCUUCAGCAGGUCCGGUAUCUGUCCCUGUCAGGUUCGGACGUGUCCUGGCAUCGGGCAGCUUCGGACGCGUCUUGGCAUCGGGCAGCUUCGGACGUGGCUCGGCUGCCGAACAUGCGAGCCGUGGACGUGUCACGUUCGGACAUCUCACCCGAAGCUGUCAACUUAAUUCUAGCAUCUCCCUCCGUCCUCGUCGUUGCUGCUUUCAGCUGUCCUGAGCUGGAAACCUUUCACGAGGCCAUCAAAAUGCCAAGCAAGCCCUGUCUUUUGCUAUUCCGGUACGGCGAUCUUCGUCUGGCUCUCCUCGCUCUUGCCCUUUCCUGCAGCGACCCAUCCUGCCUCUGGAGCUUCUACCAGCCUAAGAGACCAGCGGCACAGCCUGUGGCAGGCUCGGGAGCUGCCGAGCCUGGGGCUGAGGACGGGAAUGGGAAUGUCACUGGGGGUGGGGGGGGAGGGGGAGGAGGAGGGGGAAGGGGGAGAGGGGGAUUGGGAGGUGUUGUGGGGGGUUUAGGAGGAGAGAGGGGAGGGGGAGGAGGAGGAGGAGGAGGAGGAGGAGGAGGAGGAGGAGGAGGAGGAGGAGGAGGAGGAGGAGGAGGAGGAGGAGGAGGAGGAGGAGGUGGUGGUGGUUUAGGGAGAAGUUGGGAGGCAAGAGAGGACUUCUGGGUGACUCAGGGCAUUCCGGCAGUGCUGCUGCUGCUGCAAAGCCGGCAGCAGGAAGUGCGAGAGAGAGCAGCAGCCACUGUGGGGGUGUUUGUUGUUGCUGACUCUAUUGGGGCUGGAUUCGAGGAGGAGGAGUUGGAGGGGGUGGAGGUGGAGGUGGAGGAAGAGGAGGGAGAGGUGGGAGCGGGGCAGGGUGGGAGAGGAGCAGGGGGAAGGGUGGGGGGAGGCGGUGGGAUGGGGGCAGGGGAGUGGAGAGGAGCGGGAGGGGCCGGAGGAGGAGGAGAGGGGGGAGGGGAAGGAAGGGGAUGGGCAGGGCGAGAGGGGGACAGGUGGGAUAUGGUGAUGGGUGAGAGUGGGGGAGUGGGGGAGGGGGGAAGCAGUGGGCGGGUGAGUGCGUUUAUGCGAGGCGGUGGAGUGGAGGUGCUGGUUCACAUGGCAGGCCGGCACGGGCCUGAGGGGCCACGGUUCGAGGCGACUAAGGUGUGUGAGGAGGAUGAGGGCUUGUAUGUGGCAGUGAGGGUGGGUGUGACCGCCCUGGCGAAUCUGUCAGUGAGUGCAGACUUGGCAAGGGAGGUGGUGAGGGUGGGGGGAGUGGGCGUGCUGCUAUCUCUCCUCGCUCACGCCAACGCCUGUAUCGCCGAGGCUGCUGCAGGGGCGCUCUGGAACCUAUCAGUAGAUGAGUACAAGCCAAGGCUGCUGCAGGGGCGCUCUGGAACCUAUCAGUCGAUGAGUACAAGGUGGGUGCGUGGGUACGGACUCGUCUCAAGGGAGGUGGUGAGAGUGGGGGGAGUGGCCCGAGUGGGGUUGGCUGCUGCAGGGGCGCUCUGGAACCUAUCAGUGGAUGAAUACAAGGCAUACAUCAUGCGGGCAGGGGGCAUCGCCACACUGGUUGAUCUCAUGGCCACCUCGCCUCCUCCUGCUCUUGGCCUCCCAGGGGACUGUGUCCUCGUGAGUCCUCCUCUCUGCCUGCCCUCCUCCCCUCGUGCCUCUCUCUCUUCCCGCCCCUCCUCUCAUGCCCACCGCUCCUCCUCUUGCUCUUGGCCUCCCAGGGGACUGUGUUCCCGUUUGCCCCCUUCUGUCGUUUUGUCAAUCCCUUUCGCUCUCUCCAACCUUCCCUUUUGGCUCCCCGUCACUGCUCUCCCUUCUCCCCCCGUCCCUUUCCUCCUCCCCUCUUUCCCACCCUUCUAUGGUCACGAGCAGAUGAUAGCACUGGAUAAUGGUUGCAGCACAGCCAUAAUAGUGGCAAAUUGUUCCUCCCGUGCUACUUCCUCCCCCCCUCUCCCCCCCUCUUUCAAAUGGACAGGAGCAGGUUACAGGCGCCCUGGCGAAUCUAGCAGUGGACGACGGGUGCAGCACGGCCAUAGUGGCAAUUUGUCCUUCCCUCGUUGCUACCUCCUCCCCUCCUCCCCCAUCCUGCCUCUUGGACAGGAGCGAGUAACAGGCGCCCUGGCGAAUCUAGCAGUGGAUGACGGGUGCAGCACGGCCAUAGUGGAGCGGGGAGGGGUGGCGGCGCUGGUGCGUGUGCUGGUGGGGUGCCAGCACGACCUCGUGCUUGAACAGGCCGCCAGGGCUCUCGCUAACCUUGCUGCUCACGGCGAUUGCAACCGCAACUCUGCUGCUGUGGGGGCAGAACCCACUGCCGUCCCUGCGCUGGUGGCGCUGCUGCAAUCCCCCAAUGAAGCCUUAAGGGCUCUCGCUAACCUUGCUGCUCACGGCGAUUGCAACCGCAACUCUGCUGCUGUGGGGGCAGAACCCACUGCCGUCCCUGCGCUGGUGGCGCUGCUGCAAUCCCCCAAUGAAGCCUUAAGGCAAGAGGGAGCAGGGGCGCUCUGGAAUUUAUCAUUCCACGAGGGCAACAGGGAGGCAAUCGCAUCAGCGGGGGGCGUGGAGGCGCUGGUUCGCCUGGCCCAGGAGUCGUGCCUCCCCGGCGCAGCAGAGGACACACAGGAGCGAGCAGCCGAGCAGCAGGGUAGGGGAGUGGUAGAGGCGCUGGUUCGCCUGGCCCAGGAGUCGUGCCUCCCCGGAGCAGCAGAGGACACGCAGGAGCGAGCAGCUGGCGCCCAGUGGGGCCUCUCUGUGUCUGAAGCCAACAGUGUGGCCAUUGGUCGGGCGGGUGGGAUGGAGACUCUGCUCAGCCUGGCCCAAAGCACCACCACUGCCCACCCUACUCCAUCUUCAACAACCCCUGCUGGUGCUCCCGGUGCUGCUGGUGGCCGUGCUGGUGGUGGUUCUGCUGCUGGUCGUGCUGGUGUUUCUUCAGGUGCUGGUUCAGGUGAUCUGCCACCGCCCAUGUCGGCGGGAUUCACGCGGCACCUGGGAGCACGGCUGGCAGCAGCAGAUGAUGCUGCACUGAUGGAGUUCUCCCAGAACUGCCGCAUUCAGGAGGCGGGUCUGCUCAGAUGCAGUGCGGCCGAGAUUGCUCGCUUCGUCGCCAUGCUGCGAAGCACCUCCCCCUCGCUGCGCGCAUGUGCAGCCUUUGCUCUCCUGCAACUCACCAUGCCCGACGCCCGCCACACCACCCACCACAUCAACCUCCUCUCCGACACCGGAGCUUCACGUACAAUUCGCGCCACCGCUGCUGCUGCCACGUGCCCUCCGCUGGUCAGGCUGCUGGCUCGGGCGCUAGCGAGAAAUCUCGAUUUGCAUUCGCGAGAGGAAGCCAAGGGGAAAAGGCUGCGCCUGUGA